AUGAUCGGUUGCAAUUUUCUGUUGCAGGUUAGCGAAGCACUGACAGAAGCCAAGGGUAAGACGACCCCUUUUGGUGCAAUGAAUCUCAUUACGGCUGGUGACUUUGAUCAACUACCGCCUGUUGGACAACCUCGUCUAUUUAGUCAUGUGAACACUCAUCGUGUAGCAACCAGUCAAGGUCAGAAUGCUGUCCUCGGAAAAUUGCUCUGGCUAUCGAUAGAUACCGUAGUGAUUCUCAAUGAGAUUAGACGCCAACAAGGCAAAGAGAACCAGCCUUUUGUAGAGCUCUUGUCUCGUCUGCGUCAUGGUAAUUGCACCACAAUGGAUUAUGAACUAGAUGCACCGGUAAUUGUAAGCAACAAUGAUGUGAAAGACGCUUUUAAUGUUCAAGCGACCGCAGAUUUUGCACGACGGUCUGAUCGGCAAAUGCAUUGGUAUCAUUGUUCAGAU